AUGGCCCCAGCCGCUCCUUGGCUGUGGCCUACCGCCAACGCAGCGACAGCAACAUCUCGAUGCCACAUUUGGCACGUCGUGGCAGGUACCCUCGCAAGUCGCACUGAAUCCGGAAUCCCUGAUCGAAAGCCCGUCUUCUCGGAUUCCGCGAACCGCGCGCCGCCCGAGGCAAAGAGAGCGCUUCGCAGACGGCUGGUAUCGUCGGUCUCAUUGAGGCAACGAGGCCGAUAA